CUGGAAUCGUGACAACCAAGGGAAAGCAGGGAAGCUUGCAACCACUUUAUGGCAGAUAUCAUGGCAGUCGCGGACUAUAAGAGAUAUCUGGCGGAGAAUGUUCUCAACGAGCAGCGCACGGUCACUUAUCGCUCGCUGGGUCGAGCUCUCCGUGUGCAUAGUACUCUAGCGAAGCAAAUGCUGUACGACUUCCAUCACAAUGAGAACAACAAAAAACCCAACAGCGUCAAUGCGACAUAUAUCCUCACGGGAGUCCAGAUGGCACCCGAGCCAGCGACGCCAGCGAACGGCCUCCAGUCUAGCGCCGGUACCGCAGACACUAUUCCCCCGAGCAGUCCCUACAUAAGUAGCUCCAUGCCAAACCAAGAUGGGCCUGCCGAUGAGGUCGCGGUUUCCUCGGUACUGCUUGUUCGCGAGGAGGAUCUGGACGAUGCGAAAGCAAUGUUCCAGUCGAUCGCUUCCAUAUAUGUCUACAGUUUACAGCCCACGGUGCUGCAAGAUCUCAACGUCUUGACGGAUGUGGCGAGGGAGACACUGGCCAACCAUGCGCAGGAAGAUCCGUUAGAGUACGGGCCGUCUUGGGGUAUGAUCCAAAACAAGAACGUUAAGAGGAGAACCGGCGUUCGACCACCGGUACCUGUACCGGCGCCCGCUAAAACGGCUGCACCCGUCAGGAAGCCUACCACAAGCGAAGCGCCGAAGCAGCCUACAGCAGAAACCAAGGACGAGGAACCUAAAUCGCAGCCGACGCUAAAGAGGGAAGACACUCCCUCAUCGACCAAAUCCGCGGAGAAGACCGCGCCUGUCAAGAAAGAAAAGAGUAGCAUAUUCAGUUCGUUUGCGAAGGCCAAGCCAAAGGCCAAGCAGGAGGACCAGGCGACUCCUACACCUUCUGGUGCUGACUCUGCGGAGCCCAGCGCCUCUGAAGAUGUCGUUCUGGACGACGCGUCUGAAGAUGAGCCUGAUGAGCUCUUCCCUGACUCUGGUAAAACUACUAUUACGAGCACACGGGAGUCUCGGAAAGAGCGAGAGGAGAAGCUGCGGAAGAUGAUGGAAGAUGACGAUGAGGAUGAAGAUGAAGCAAUGCCGGAUGCAGCGCCAUCGCCUGAAGAGGAGUCUAAUAUCAUCGAUCAGCCGCCUGCUAAACCGGCUGAACCAAAGGAGGAGGUGAUCGUCCGUGCAGGCCGUCGACGGGGCAGACGGCAAGUGAUGAAGAAGAAGACGGUCAAGGACGAAGAGGGCUACCUGGUGACCGUCGAAGAGCCGAGCUGGGAGUCGUUCUCGGAGGAUGAGCCAGCACCGCCACCCAAGAAGAAGCCGGCAGUGAGUGCGCCCAGGGCGAAGGCCGGGCCCAAAGCUGGCCAGGGCAGCAUCAUGUCAUUCUUUGCGAAGAAAUAGAAUAUGAAUGGUGGAGAGCGGAGAGAAAAGAUCAUGUACAGUACAAAGUAAAGACCCCAUCAGACAAACAACUAUCGAG